AUGGCCUCGAAGGAAUCCCUAUCGCGAAUUGUGCAACUUGCGAACACGAUCGUCGUGUCAGUAAGAAAGAUAGAAGAAGUACUGUCUGCCGAGGGAAUUCCGUUGCCUAGCUUUGAUGAAGAUGCCGCUUUCAACCUACCUCCUGAGAUAGCCACCGACCAUGACGCCGUACUUGACGCUACUGCAGAACUCCACGAUCUGUUCCUCGAGCCUUUGAACCUGAUUCGUAGGGAUGGAGGCUAUAAUAAUUCGCUUUGCUUGCAAGCUAUUGCCGAGUUCAAAAUUGCGGAAAAAGUCCCGCCGAAUGGCCAGGUGUCAUUCGCCGACAUUGCCAGCCAAACGCCAAUGACAACUGAUAUGACGGCUCGGAUUCUCCGACAUGCGAUGACUAUGCGUGUCUUCCGCGAGCCUGAACCAGGAAUGGUAGCCCAUACUGCCGCUUCCAAACUACUAAGACAUCCGGCAGCCAAUGAUUGGCUACAUGCUGGAGCAGAAGAGAUUUGGCCGGCAGCCACCAAGACGGUCGAGGCUUUGAAGAAAUGGCCAGCAUCCUCGGAACCCAAUGAGACGGGUUACGCAUUAUCGAACAACUCCGAAGCGAUGUACGAUACCUUGGCCAAAAAUCCCGAGAGGGCUUCACGCUGGGUAAGAGGGAUGCAAGUCUUCAGCCAGAGGCCCCAAUUCAAUCUGUCGUAUAUCACUGACCACUAUGACUGGGCAUCUUUGGGCCAGGCUCAAAUUGUCGAUAUUGGAGGCUCGGGAGGGCACGUAUCCAAGGCCCUGGUGAGGAAAUACAGUAACCUCAAUGCGAUCGUUCAGGACAUAGAGAAAGUGAUCGAGGGCGCUACAGUUCCAGAGGAGUUGCGAGAGAGAGUAAAAUUUAUGGCUCACGAUUUCUUCGAUCCCCAACCUGUUCAGGGGGCCGACGUUUACUUUUUCCGCUGGAUCCUGCACAACUGGGGGGACAAGUAUUGCAUUUUGAUCUUGCGUGCCCUGGUCCCUGCGCUUAAGCGAGGGGCGAGGAUCAUAGUCCAGGAGACUCUAAUGCCACCGCCCGGUACAAUAGCUUCGUGGAAAGAGAAGAACUUAAGGUCGGCUGAUAUGAACAUGGUUUCCGCUUUCAAUGGAAAGGAGAGGACGGUGGACGAGUUCCGAUCCUUGUUUGAACAGAGUGACCCGGCGUUCGUUCUUCACCAAACCAUCCAGCCAUUAGGUUCAUCUCUGGGGAUAGUAGAAUUUGUUUGGAAUAAGGAUUAG